CUCCCAUGUCCUCCUCUUUGCUACCUUUGUAUUGCUGCGACCAAUGGACAUAGACUCGGAAGCUACAGAAAGCCAUACCGUUACCUUCGACUGGAAGUUGAAAGGUCUCAGGACCCUCUUCGAAUCGACACGAGGGGAGGCAAAGUCCAAAGUCGCGAGAUCGGGCAAAUUUGACAACGGAAGAUGGCAGAUUCUUUUCUAUGCGAACGCUGGCCUGCCAAAGGACCCAAACUGUCCCGAUGGCUACAUUAGUCUUUAUCUGUCCUGCGACCCUACUCCGGAGGAGAGAGAAAUAGGCUUGGCUGAUUCUGGAAGAUGGGUCCGAGAAGGGAACUACAAGUUCAGUUUCGAGCUUCGCAACCUCGACAAGAGUACACUUUACAGCAGCAAAGAAGCUUCAAAUCAUUCGUUCUCGUCCAGGACAGCAAACUGGGGCUGGGCCCAGUUCGCUCGACGAGACACCAUAUACUACAAUUGCCCGCCAAUCAGGGCCCAAGAUGCUAUGCUCAUCACCUGCAAUGUCGUCUCUUCCCCCCGACCGCCAUCGGCUCCACUCUAUCCAUGUCUUUCGGCACCCAAGCAACUACUGGAUACAGUUGGCUCACUCCUGGAUGACCCUUUGUACUCCGAUGUCGAAUUCGUCUUUCCCAAAGGAGGCGAUCCAGCCAAUGCGCGGCGGAUCGUUGCAGCAAAGAAGAUGCUCGCCCGAGUGGAAUACUUUGCUACGAUGUUUGCGUCGGACUUUGCGGAAGGCUUGACCGGCAGACCUGUGUUAGGGCGGCUGAGCAGCAGUCCAUCGGAAGGCUUUACUGGGUACAUGGACGAGUUUGAAGAUUCGGACGAGGAAGAUGACAACGAUGAUGAGGGCGACUUUGCGGAUCCUCCUGAAUUGCCCAACCUUCAUGCAGCAACAUCGACAAGCGAGGCCGCGCAUCAUGAUCGCCUGGACUCUGCUCGCGAUGACGAGGAAGUAUCGGAGACCGCACCAGCGACAUCCCCCAGUUCAACAACACCCACAGAUGAAUCUCAGUCCAAACUUGAGGCAUUCACGGAACCUCAGAACCCCACCCGAAAGAAUGACAGAGGGCCUCCCAAGACAAUCAUCGUCGUGAAAGACGUGGCCUACCGCACCUACAAAGCGAUUCUGUACUGGCUUUACACUGGUCACAUCGUCUUUGCCCCUCUCUCCUCGUCAUUUAACCGCAAAGAGAAGGAAACUGCUUCGGUGGCCAGUCCAACAACGCCAGCAGCCGAUGCCGCCACCUCCAGUAACCAGCUUCCUGGGGCCAAAAGAACCGAAGCUCCUGCAAGUCGAGCAGAGUGGAUUGCGGAAUGGGUGAAGGAGUUCCCUGGCCGACCAGAGCCCUGUUCAGCCAAGGCAGUGUAUAGGGUUGCUGACAAGAUUGAUAUCCCUGAACUCAAGGAACGAGCAGCUCAGCACAUUGUCAAGUCCUUGACUGUUCACAACAUCGCCUACGAGGUCUUCUCGCCUUUCUCUGCGGUGUUCGACGAGAUACGCAAGGUUGAAAUCAACUUCUUCUUGAACCACUGGCACGAGAUCCGGUCGUCUGAAUCGAUGGUAGAGGUCUGGCGACAAAUUCGCACCGGGCGACAUCCAGGAUUUGAAGAGGGUAUUUUGGCCAUUGAUCACCCAGAGCCUCGAAUUCAGACCCACGGCCCCUCAGCCUUCGUCCUCCACAACCCACCAGUCCUCUCAUAG